GCCAAUUUUAUUGAACAACAGAACAAAUAACAAUUGUUGUUGUUUGUUUUUAAUAUACCUAUUUAUUUGCAAUUAGUAUAAAUAAUAAAAAAACUAUAUUGUUGGAUUCAUAAGGGCAGAUCAAUUAAAAACUAAACAACAAUAAUGAAGAAUAACAAAAAAGGACAUCGUACAAGAAAACAAUUGAUUGCUGAAAAAGAAGCAGCAUCAAAACGUCUUGUCGAUCAAGCUAAUUUAUUGAAGGAUCCACUUGAAGCAUUACCUGGUUUUCAUAGCUACACAACACCUGAUGGUACAGAAAUAAAAUUACAAUGUCAUAGAGUUGGUGAUUUAGAUAAUGAUAAAUUAACAUGGAUAUUUAGUUUGAUGGAAAGAAAUAUGGUUGAGUAUUACAAAGCAUCAAGCUGGGGAUGGAAUCAAAGCUCCAAAAGAAAAGAAUUAACUGAACCAACAGCAUGGUAUCUCAUUGCAACAAUGAAUGAUGAAUUAGUUGGUUUUUCACAUUUUCGUUAUGACAUGGAUUUUGGUAUUGAAGUUUUAUACUGUUAUGAAUUGCAAUUAGAAACUAAAGCAAGAAGAAAAGGUAUUGGUAAAUUUUUCAUGAAUGCUCUUGAAGAACUUGCAAAAAAAAGUUCAAUGAAAAAAGUUGUACUAACGACACUCAAGAAAAAUACUGAUGCAAAUUUGUUUUAUGAAAAACUUGGAUACAGACUUGAUAAAUCAAGUCCAGGUGAUUGGGAAGAUAUGGACUACAUGAUUUUAAGUAAAUAAAUUGAACUUUGUAGUCAUCAUUAAAUAAAUUAAAUGAUUAAAAGAAAAAAUAAAUAUUUGAUUAUCGAUAUGAACAUUAUAACGUCUAAAAUAAAACAUUAUUUCGAAAAGUUAUCUUUAUGUUGGCAUUUUAAACAAACAUAAGUAAUUAAAUUUUAAUAUUUUAUAAAUAAAAAUUUUUGCCAAGAUGCUGUUGCUCACUGGGGGAUGUGAGCAGUAGCGGUUUGCAAUUUUUUCGCGAUGAAAAAUCACAUGAAAAAGAAAAUUUGAUUUUUUUAUAAAUAAAAAGAAAUAAAAAUCAAAUGUCUAGAAGACCGAUGACAGUUGUCGUUCUUCUAAUAGAAGCUCACUUUUUUUUUUUUAUAAAUAUACAUAUAUGUUUAUUAAUUAUCAAGUUUAGAUUUACAUUUUUUUUUUUUU